AAAAAAAAAAAAACGAAAUUUUUACAAGUCAUCGACUAAAAACGCAAAGUAAAGAAACUAACUCGGCAUAAGAAAACUUUUAUUUACCCAAGUUUAUUAUUAAAACAAGUUGAUUUAAAAUGGCCCAAACACUUGAGGAUAAAUCAAUAUGGGAGGAUGGCGAGGAAUCGUUGGGCGAAGAAGUGCUGCGAAUGUCCACUGAUGAGAUUGUGAGCAGGACUCGACUGAUGGACAACGAAAUUAAAAUUAUGAAGAGCGAGGUAAUGCGGAUCACACACGAAAUUCAAGCACAAAACGAGAAAAUCAAAGAUAAUACGGAAAAGAUAAAGGUUAAUAAAACUUUGCCAUACCUGGUGUCCAAUGUCAUCGAGUUAUUGGAUGUGGAUCCGCAAGAGGAGGAGGAUGACGGCUCCGUUACCGUGCUGGAUAACCAACGCAAAGGCAAAUGUGCUGUUAUAAAAACUUCAACACGUCAGGCGUAUUUCUUGCCAGUCAUUGGCCUGGUUGAUGCAGAAAAGCUCAAACCCGGCGAUUUAGUUGGAGUCAAUAAGGACUCUUAUCUGAUUCUUGAAACUCUGCCAGCGGAAUACGAUGCUCGUGUUAAGGCCAUGGAAGUUGAUGAGCGUCCCACAGAGCAGUAUUCCGAUAUUGGUGGCCUGGAUAAACAGAUCCAGGAGCUUAUCGAAGCCGUAGUACUGCCAAUGACGCACAAGGAAAAUGAUCGCGAGGUGCAGCGAACUAUGUUGGAGCUGCUAAAUCAAUUGGAUGGUUUUAGCUCAACUGCCGAUAUUAAGGUCAUUGCUGCUACAAAUCGAGUCGAUAUUCUUGAUCCCGCCCUUCUGCGUUCUGGCCGCUUGGAUCGUAAGAUCGAAUUUCCACACCCGAAUGAAGAAGCUCGUGCGCGCAUCAUGCAAAUUCACUCGCGCAAAAUGAAUGUCAGCAACGAUGUGAAUUUUGAGGAACUAUCUCGUUCCACAGACGACUUCAAUGGCGCACAGUGCAAGGCAGUUUGUGUAGAGGCGGGCAUGAUCGCUCUGCGUCGCUCGGCCACAUCGGUGACACAUGAGGACUUUAUGGAUGCUAUCAUGGAGGUGCAGUCCAAGAAGAAAGCUAAUCUUAACUACUAUGCUUAGACUAAAAAUUCGCAAAAUAAAUUUACUUGUAAUCUUGAUACRUCAAAGAAUUAAUGAAGAAAAUAUAUCUAAC